AAUUCUGGGGUGACAUUGCUAAAGAGUUUUACUGGAAGAGCCGGCACACGGGACCCUUUCUGAAAUACAACUUCGACGUGACCAAGGGGAAGAUCUUCAUCGAGUGGUUGAAAGGGGCAACCACCAACAUCUGCUACAACCUGCUGGACAGAAACGUCAAUGAGAAGAAACUGGGGGACAAAGUUGCUUUUUACUGGGAAGGCAAUGAACCUGGAGAUUCUGCGAAAGUCACGUACAGCGAGCUGCUGCGCAAAGUCUGCCAGUUUGCCAGUGUCCUCCGCAGCCAAGGCGUGAAAAAAGGAGACCGGAUUUCCAUCUACAUGCCGAUGAUCCUGGAGCUGAUUGUAGCCAUGCUGGCCUGCGCUAGGAUUGGAGCUCUGCACUCCGUCGUGUUUGCAGGUUUCUCAGCAGACUCUCUUUGCGAGCGGAUUCUUGCCUGCGGGUGUUCUCUCCUCAUCACGGCAGAUGCCUUUUAUCGGGGGGACAAGCUUGUCAACUUGAAGCAGAUUGCAGACGAAGCCCUGCAGAAGUGUAAAGACAAGGGCUCCCUUUUGAAAAAGUGCAUCGUGGUGAAGCACCUGGGGAGAGAGGAGGUGGAUGGGACGUGCAGCAAGUCUCCCCCUCUCAAAAGGCUGUGCCAGGACAUACAGGAAAAAAAGACUGAGAGCUCACAAAGACUCCAUCCCAAGGUCUCCUGGAACCCCACCACGGACAUGUGGUGGCACGAGCUGAUGAGCAGCGCCAGCACAGAGUGCGAGCCUGAGUGGUGUGACUCGGAGGACGAGCUCUUCAUCCUCUACACAAGUGGCUCAACUGGGAAACCCAAGGGUGUGCUGCAUACGGUGGGUGGAUACAUGCUUUAUGCUGCCACCUCAUUUAAAUAUGUGUUUGAUUACCAACCUGAUGACGUCUACUGGUGCACAGCUGACAUCGGAUGGAUAACGGGACAUUCCUACCUUGUUUAUGGACCCUUGGCAAACGGGGCAACUGGUGUGUUAUUUGAAGGUGUCCCCACCUACCCAGACGUUGGGCGAAUGUGGAGCAUCGUUGACAAGUACAAGGUGACCAAGUUCUACACAGCACCCACAGCCAUCCGGCUGCUCAUGAAGCACGGGGAGGAGCCCGUCAAAAAGCACAGCAGGAAAUCUCUGAAGGUGCUGGGGAGCGUCGGCGAGCCCAUCAACCCUGAAGCCUGGCUGUGGUACUACCAUGUGGUGGGAGAAGAGAGGUGUCCCAUUGUGGACACAUUCUGGCAAACAGAGACAGGUGGCCACAUGCUGACACCCCUCCCUGCUGCCACCCCCAUGAAGCCGGGCUCUGCUACGUUCCCCUUCUUCGGUGUGGUCCCUGCCAUCUUGAACGAGUCGGGGGAAGAGCUGGAAGGAGAAGCAGAAGGCUACCUGGUAUUUAAGCAGCCCUGGCCAGGAAUAAUGCGCACGCUGUAUGGAAACCACCAGCACUUUGAAACUACAUACUUCAAGAAGUUUCCUGGGUACUAUGUGACAGGCGACGGUUGCAGGAGAGAUAAAGAUGGUUAUUACUGGAUCACAGGGCGAAUUGAUGACAUGUUGAAUGUUUCUGGCCACUUGCUGAGCACUGCAGAGGUGGAGUCAGCCUUGCUCGAGCACGCUGCCAUCUCGGAGGCCGCGGUGGUCAGCCGCCCCCACCCCCUGAAAGGCGAGAGCAUCUACUGCUUUGUGACCCUGAGAGAUGGCCACGAGUUCACCAAGAACCUGACAGAUGAGCUGAAAAAACAAGUCAGAGAAAAAAUCGGACCGAUAGCAACGCCUGAUUACAUCCAGUAUGCCCCUAGCCUGCCCAAAACCCGCUCAGGAAAGAUUACCAGGCGGAUAUUACGGAAGAUUGCCAAAAACGACCGAGAUGUGGGGGACAUCUCCACCUUGGCAAACCCGGGCAUCAUAAAACAUCUCUUCAACAACAGAUGCGACACUGAACAGUAG